AUGGGCGAGACUGGCGAGGUCGUAAGUCGGGGUACCAGUGUGCCGGCUGCAGAGGAAAUCACCCACGUUCCAAAUGCAAGUUCCUGGAUGCUGUUUGCCGACAUUGCGAGAAGCGGGGGCAUAUCAUUAAAGUAUGCCGUAAUAAAAGAAACUUCAGCCCCCGGCGUCGAGGCAACAGCCCGAGAAGACAAGAUGGCAACCCCACCAAAAACCGGGACCGUCAGACUGACAGCUGGUGGAGCAGGGACGGCUGAAACAGAAGAUUCAAUGAGGCACCGCAAAGAGAAGAAACACACCAAACAGUCAUCAUCUUCCAUAGAUGCACGGAAGAUACGCAUCGAGUUCCUCUCUACAGCAGCUUUUGAGAAUGAGGGUAGAAGCCCAGACAGUGAGAGACACAACACAUCUGAUGAUAAAGGCUGGACAAAAGAUGGCACAGCUCUCAUCUUGGCAGGGGGCCCUUUCUUGCCAGUCGUACUUUGCGUCUGCCCUGUGCAUUUGGUGUGGGCUUGUGUCCGUUCCUGUCCUGCCAGUUGUGUCUGCACUGAAGAGAAGAAUUGUGCCAUUCUUUGUGACAGAGCUGGCCUUGCACAGAUCCCUAAUGAGUUUCCUUGUGAAGCAUAUUCUAUUAACUUGGAUAAAAAUAACAUCAAAUUCCUUGCUGAGAGGGCAUUUGGUACUCUCCCGUCCCUAAAAUCUCUCUCAAUAAGUCAUAACAACAUAUCCUUUAUUACUCCUGGUGCUUUCAAAGGGCUUGCUAGCUUAACUGAGUUAAAAAUGGCCCACAACGAAUACAUUCGUUAUCUGCAUACCAGGACUUUUAUUUCUCUCAAGAGGCUAGUCAGAUUGGAUUUAGCAGACUGCAAUCUUUUCAACAUUCCAGACAGGAUUUUUAUAGAGCUUCCAGCUCUUCAAGAACUCUUUUUCUUUCAGAAUAACUUCCGAAGGCUCCCAGGAGCUAUAAGAGGGAUGGAGAAUUUGACCCAUGUUUAUUUGGAGAAAAACAAGAUAGAAGCCGUAGCAUAUAAUUCACUUCUGGGCCUGAUCCGGUUGAAAUAUCUCAAUCUGCAAAUCAACAGAAUAAAUGUGAUUCAUAAUAGAGCUUUUCAGGAUUGCCAGAAAUUGGAGUACCUUUAUUUAAAUGACAACUUAAUCAGUGAUCUCCCUGAGAAUUCCUUUGAUGGUCUGUGGCAUUUAAAGAUGCUUAAUCUUGGUGGCAACUUUCUCAAGAUUAUCUCUAAUACUUGGUUCCAGGAUCAAUCUGAACUGGAAGUUUUAUAUUUGGACAGAAACUGGAUCAGUUAUAUUGAGGAAGGUGCUUUUGAAAACCUCACGAGCUUGGUAUAUUUGCACUUGAACAAUAACAAUCUAACUACAUUGCCUUUCUUAGUCUUUCAACCAGUCUACCUCCUGGGAAGACUCUAUCUUUUUCGGAACCCCUGGGAGUGCGACUGCAAGAUUGAGUGGCUGAAAGAGUGGAUGGAGAACUAUGGACUUGUGAGAGAUAUUCCUUGCACUUCCCCAUCUUCUGUAGUUGGCCUUGACUUAAUUGAUAUAAUUUUUGAGAAGACAGAUGAAGGUUUAUGUCUUGACCCAGAAGAAUUAAACACCUCAUCUUCUACACCUCUUCCCAUGCAAGAACUACAGUCGACUGCAGAGAAUAAAUUCAACAGUCUUAUCUCAAAAUUUUUACUCCAGAAGGGGCUUUCAGAGGAGUUGAUAAACACCACAGAAGGUUUCAGCAACUCUACUCUGUUUGAUGACUUGAUUAAUGAAGCAUCUUUAGGACUAAGAGAAUGUCAUGCAAAACAAAUAUAUUUUAAUAUUUGGAUAUUUUUUAUAUCUCAAGCAUUAUGGACCAUAUAACCCAAAACACUUUAAAAUUAAAUUGGUUGUUUUUCUACUCAAGCAUGGUUCAAGAAGAAGAUUGUG